CGUAUACGUGUCAAUAAAGCAGAGCACGUGUUGUUAUAUCAGCGAUGAGUGAGAAAGGUUGGUAGUCUGAUCAACGGCGGAGAUCAACCUCUUCCCUCCCCACCUUGGUAUUCCGUAGUUCGACGUCAUACCAACUGUACAGUGUCGGAUCCUUCCUGCCCGCGAUGGUGACGGGCAAGCUGCCCGUGAUUAGGCACGCUGUGGCCCCCAGGUGAAAUUGUUGAGGGGCAUGAGGUGUCCCCUCCUUAGAAAAGCUUGAGCGCCAUGCCAUUUUAACGGGUCGCCUUGAGCUCGUUUUUAAGAGAUCGCAAAUAUAUUUCUGCUAUCUGUUUCUUUCUUCUUGCUAUUGUUCUCGAAAUUGUGUUCUAACGGACACCGGAAAGCAAUUUUUGGGUUUUGAGUUUUCGGUUUCGUUGUGUUUUACCGAUCAAAUGGCUGGAAUUUGCUGCGGACUUGUUGGAGAAAGCGAGACUGCAGCUCCGAUUGAGCCCAGUUCCCGGACCUCCAGACGCCGGAGAUUGGAUAUUUUACCUAUCAAGUGUAUCGCCGCCGAUCAGAUGGCGGUGCAGCAGACGGCGGACAACGGCCGGAAGCGGCAGAAGCUUGAUCUGUUGCGGGCGUUGUCUCGGGAUGCCGAGAGCGCUGCGGAGAAGGCGAGAGGGGAAGAGAAACGUGAAAAGUCGGGUGGCGCAACUGGUGGGUUGGAUGACGGUGAGGUGGUUAUUACACGUGGAGAGUCCAAGGCUCUGCAUGCGGGAAACCAAGUGGUGGUUCCGCCGAGGGUGGUGCAAGAACCACCGAGGUUUGGCUCCACUUCGGUUUGCGGGAGAAGGAGAGAUAUGGAAGACGCCGUUUCGAUUCACCCUAAGCUGUUUAACGACGGCUCAGACUCGGAUGGUUGCCACUUCUACGGUGUUUACGACGGCCAUGGUUGCUCUCAUGUUGCGUUGAAGUGCAAGGACAGAUUACAUGAGAUUGUCAAACAAGACCUGGAAAGCCAGAGAGUAGUUCAAUGGAAGGACACCAUGGAGCGAAGCUUCUCGAAAAUGGACGAAGAGGUCCAGGCCGGGAACCGAGCCCUGCAGAAUCCCAACUGCAGAUGCGAGCUUCAAACUCCGCAGUGCGACGCCGUCGGAUCCACCGCCGUCGUGGCGGUGGUCACUCCGGAAAAGAUCAUCGUCUCCAAUUGCGGCGACUCCCGCGCCGUUCUUUGCCGGAAAGGCGCCGCUGUUCCUCUCUCCUCCGAUCAUAAGCCUGAUCGGCCAGAUGAGCUGCUCCGAAUCGAAGCCGCCGGCGGGCGCGUGAUCUACUGGGACGGUCCGAGAGUCCUCGGAGUGCUCGCCAUGUCACGAGCCAUCGGCGACAACUAUCUCAAGCCAUACGUGAUAUCGGAACCGGAGGUGACGAUCAUGGACCGGACGGCGGAGGACGAGUGUUUGAUUCUGGCCAGCGACGGCCUAUGGGAUGUUGUCUCAAACGACACGGCUUGCGGCGUCGUACGCAUGUGCCUGCGCGCGCAGAAGACUCCGGGAGCUUCAGGUGGUGGUGACGUGGCCGAUGGGGAGUCCUCGGCCGGAGUGAAUUCCGACAAGGCGUGCGCGGACGCCUCCAUUUUGCUGACGAAGUUGGCCUUGGCGAGGCAGAGUUCGGAUAACGUCAGCGUGGUGGUGGUGGAUUUGAGGAGGCAUGUGAGAUCGUGAGGGAUCAUGCGACGUCGUUUAAUAUGUUAUACUAAUAUACUAAUCUAGCCACAGUGGGGGGAAGUUUACCAAAUUUGUAGCUUUUCAUUGGUUGAUUGUUAGUUGUGAAGCUGCUCGUUUUUCUCUUAUUAACAAGCUUUAAGAGAAAAGUAGUAGUCGGAAACUUCCCCUUUGUUGUGGUUUAAUCUAGGUUUUCUUUAUGAUGGUUCUUAUUUUUCUUCGUUCUUUCCAAUCUUCACAGGUCUGCAGAAGGUUGCAGGGUUGUGAUAUACGAUCUAAUAGAGUGAAAUACUAAUGUACAUUAGAGUUGGUUUUGUUUUUUUCGUUUAGUUCUUCUCUCAUUUCCCAGAUUCGGAAUGUGAUCUUAAUUUUGUUGAAUCGGUUUUUUGCAAUCCAUCAUCGAAAGUAGGUUCCGUUUCAUAUUAUCCCGAUAUCCAACUCGCAUUCUGGCCAUCAUGCCGAUGUUAGGUCUAGGAGUGUGACGCAUUGAGGAAAGAUUGUUUGGAGAGAUAUUUUGCUUGAUUUGUUCAAUAUGUUGAUCAAUGAAAAGUGGCGGGUGCUUAUGCACUAAUUCUGUAAAUUCAAUUCAAUUUAACACCUCUUG